GUUUGAGUGAGUGUUUGUGUAUGUGUGAGUAUGUGUGCGAGUAAGUGUAUGUGCGGGUGUGUUUGUGUGUGUGCGUGAGAGUGAGUGUAUUUGUGUGUACGUGUAUGUGACGCCUCCAAACGCGUUUGCACGCAGCCAUAUCUGAUCUGAAAACAUGGAGCCGUGUAGAUCUUGCUAUUUUACACUGUCUAACAUCGUUCUUCUUACUUUAACGUGUCAUUUAUCGCGAGGACAGGACAGUCCUGACUGCCCUGCAGAUGGACGCACAUGGUUGACAUUUGGCUCCAACUGCUACCACUUUGUUCAUGGAGAAGAGGAUAUUGCCAAGAGCUACUCGAUUCUAGAUGCCAAAGAUAUGUGCAGAGGAUACGAUCUCUUGACAGUGAAAAGUGCAGAGGAGAAUGACUACAUCAUUAAAUACAGUCCUUCUGUGUGGAAAGGCAAUAUGAGCAUAUGGCUUGGAAUGUAUUAUGACAGCGACGAUGAUGUGUUUAAGUGGCAUGAUGAUAACAGUGUGUUGAGUUAUAAUAACUGGGAGGACGGUGGCGCUGAUGACACGGAUCUUUCUCUCAUGGACACCUGUGUGACUCUUCACUCCAACACUGGAAAGUGGGAGAACAUCAGCUGUACAGAUGAACCUGAGAACGGAGUCGUGUGCCAGACAAAGGCAAUCUGGACAGUUGCACCCAAGAGUAGUCCUCUUCUGUCAGCUCUGGUCGUCAUCAGUGUGGUGCUGAUUGUCGCCGUGUCUGCAGUGGUUUGGUUCCUUCACCAAAGAAACAACCCGGGUUCCUCCAUCCUCAACUUAAUCGAGUACCACCCGCCCUUCAGAUCCCCGUCUGCUGAUCAGACCUGCCUGGUAGAAGCUGAAGAAAUAGAGGAGACACCUUAGAGAUUAAUGCUACGAUAAUGAUGAUGUCCUUUAGCCAUGCCUAGGUUAGAAUACACCGCAGCACGGAAGAUCAUGAACUCUUCCCUUUUCACCGGUUGCUCGAGAGUUCCUCAGCUAUGGGCUACACUGAACAAAAGCAGUCAUAAUCUUUAGUGAAAGACUAUUGGGGAAAUGUUGUGGGUCUGAAUGCAAUGUGUGUAAUGAAGCUAGCAAUCAAUGGGACUUUCUAGCACAUGAAUAUUUAAAGGGAUAGUUCACCCAAAAAUGAAAUUUACUCACCCACUUGUAAUUCCAAACUUGUAUGGAACACAAAUAGUCUCCAUGGAGGUUGAAGCCUUCAAGAUUCGCAAAAGCACUGUAAAAGUAGUCCAUACGACUUCUGCACUAUAUUCCAAGUCUUCUAAAGCCAUAGGAUAGCUUUCGUUAAUGAACAGGCCUAAAUUUAAAUAGCUAUUCAGUGAUAAUCUUGCUCUCCAGUAAGCUGUUAACCACUGUGACCGGAUCAAGUCAGUGAGUUCAGUCCAGAUCAGUCCGAUUCACGAACAAAGCGUUCAGACCAGUUAUUUGAACUGGAUCGACUGAUUCAUUCCAACUCAAAAGAUUUGAUUCGAGAGCUGCAGCAGAGAGCAAGAGUUUAAGUAGAUAACCACUGUGUCGACCUACCUAUAAUUUCAAAGAAAACAUAAUAGCAUGCAUGGAAUGACACAGAGUGAAGAAAAAAUGACAGACUUUUUGCUUUUUGGUAAAACUAUACCUUUAAAAUUUUGCCUUUAUUUUGUGAGUGCCAAAUCACUGUCAUGAGAUUUACUAAAUGGGAAGUUGCAACCGAUUUCUCCUUGUACGGUCGGACCAUACUGUAUAGUGUUCCUUUUCCAGCUCUUUCCAGUUUUCCCAGGCUACAAAAACACCUUAAACCAGCAUAAGAUGUUUUGCUGGUCUAAGCUGGUUCAAGAUGGUCAGUCCAGCUGGUCUUUAAGACUAAAAAGUGGCCAAAAACUUCUCUACAACCAGCCAACAGACCAAUCUAACCAGUCAGGAAGACCCACAAACCAACUUAGACUGGUUUAAGCUGAUUUUUCAGCAGGACUCUGAAGUGCUAGCUGUAAAAAACUUUAAUACUUGCCUUUUCACACACAUCUCGAAUUAUUGGAUAUUGAUACUUCCUGAUUGCCAAUGACAAUAUCUUUGAAUGUUUCUGAUUUUAAGAUUUGCCACUAUGUUCUAUGUUACAUCAGUGUUACAAAUGAAUCCUCGAUUGAUUCUUUCUUUUUCCUUUUGUGAACAACAAGACAUUUCUCAGAGAGAAACUAAUCAAAUAUGAGUCUUCCCAGACUAAUAAACGAACACAAAACAAAUUGUACAAGUUUUUCCGAUUCCAGCGUUUUAUUCUGACACCUUGUAAAAGCAACCAAACACAAGUGUAGCGUUUCCCGUGUUAAUGUAUUUCCUAUUGAAACAGGAACUUUGUGCAUGAGACAUAUUGAAGGACUUAUAAUAGCCUGCCCUGUAGUUUAUUAAGGGGGAGGGGAAGAACUCAUUCUAGAGAGCAUUUCUUUGAAAAAUAAAUCAUUAAUUGUAUUCGCUUUUGAUUGCAAGAUGAGUCUUCAAUAUGUUUUUUUUAAGAAAGUAAUGCAAGGUUGUAAAUGCAUAUACCUGCUAAAUGUUCAUUUGGUCCAUUUUAAGGUAUGCACUAGUUUGUAUAUACCAGGGGUAUACAAUUAAAGUUUCAGGAGGUCCGGUCUCUACAUUUCCUUCCCUGCAAUGAUCCAGUAAACACAUGCACAGUGUCAGAAGUUAUUAUAACUUUCCAUGUUGGCAGUAGUAGUCGUGAAAGGGGAAAAAAAAUGUAAACGGUCAAAAUAGUUUCUUCAAAGCACUGUGGACACUGGCCCAGAGACAAAGCCAAAGCAGUGGGCUGUGAGGGGGUCUUUUCUACCCAAAAAUUAGGCUAAUAUAUUUCAUAGAGUUCAUUAGUCGUGGGAACUUGAUAAGAUCAACAUUUGUUUUCAUAGUUUUGACAUUCAGAUAUCAAUGUAUGGGACAUAGGUGUACUAUGAACAUAUAGAGUAGAGAACAUAUAGGUUACUGUAUGGGGGUUCAGGGGUAACCCCUGUCUGAAUGGACCAUUUUUAUAUUUUCCUAAAGUGAGAAUAUAAUAACUAUCAAUAAAUUAACUAACAAUUGCCAUCUUAAAAAUACUGUUUGCUUAAGUAUAAAUGGGCUGACUAUAAAAUAAUGGGAACACUCAUCAGAAGCAGAGAACUGCUAGCUAGGCUAACUAAUCAUUUCAAUUCAUUAUAACUAAUAAUCAGAGAAAUAAUCACUAAUUUGUGACUGCUGGUAUAUACUGUAAAUCACUGCAAAGCAAUAACAGACAUGGACAAAAAAUUUUGAUUUCAUGGGGUUUUUAAAAAGUGUAAACAGUAUAUGCUUAUUUUACUGUACUCUUCUCUAAUAAAGAAAAACCCUGUGCUGAUGUGCAAAGACUGAUUGAAGAGGAUGAAUUGGGACAGUUAAUUGAGGACACAUUCAUUUCCCUCUGGGGUUUUAUAGAUUGCUGUCAUUGUUUUAGCCUGAAAGUGUCAAUUUCACUCGAUCAGCAGCUGGUUUGC